AUGAAGUUGAACGAGCAUCAAGCCGUAUCAGCACCAAAAUGUCUUCUAGUCCCCUACAGCGUCCAUCAUGUCUCAACCUACCACGAAUGGAUGCAGGACCCGGAACUCCAAGAAAUCACAGCCUCUGAGCCCUUGACGCUAGACGAAGAAUAUGGAAUGCAACGUACGUGGCACGAUGAUCGAGACAAGCUUACCUUCAUCAUCUGUUUGCCUCUCCAUCACACUGCACACGGGACGACACAGAGACCCGCGGUAAGACCGGGCAUCGACGACGCCCCGCUUCGUAUGAUAGGGGACGUCAACCUAUUCCUUUCGUCCUCUGCCCAUGACAACAGCGAAGACGUAGCUGGCGAAGUCAGCCUCAUGAUAGCUCGUCCGGAGCUGCGGGGCCAAGGUUACGGACGAGCCGCGCUGAAGGCAUUCAUUUACUUCAUUCUUACCCAGUGGGACACCAUCUACGCUGAGUACGCUGAUGAGCUACAGCAUCCGGCUUCUGGAGAACUGAAGUGGCUCUGGGUGAAAGUACAUGAGAGUAACGUAGCCAGUAAAGCGUUGUUCGAGAGCGUCGGCUUCCGCCAGCAUUCGGACCACGCAGAUGUCUUCGGCGAACUCGAGCUGCGG